AUGGGAGGUCAGGGACGGAACGGGAGGUCAGGGACGGAACGGGAGGUCAGGGGACGGAACGGGAGGUCAGGGACGGAACGGAAGGUCAGGGGACGGAACGGAAGGUCAGGGGACGGAACGGGAGGUCAGGAGACGGAACGGAAGGUCAGGGGACGGAACGGAAGGUCAGGGGACGGAACGGGAGGUCAGGAGACGGAACGGAAGGUCAGGGGACGGAACGGGAGGUCAGGAGACGGAACGGAAGGUCAGGGGACGGAACGGAAGGUCAGGAGACGGAACGGAAGGUCAGGGGACGGAACGGAAGGUCAGGGGACGGAACGGGAGGUCAGAGACGGAACGGAAGGUCAGGGGACGGAACGGGAGGUCAGAGACGGAACGGGAGGUCAGGGACGGAACGGGAGGUCAGGGACGGAACGGGAGGUCAGAGACGGAACGGGAGGUCAGGGACGGAACGGGAGGUCAGGGACGGAACGGGAGGUCAGAGACGGAACGGGAGGUCAGGGACGGAACGGGAGGUCAGGGACGGAACGGGAGGUCAGGGACGGAACGGGAGGUCAGGGACGGAACGGGAGGUCAGGGACGGAACGGGAGGUCAGGGACGGAACGGGAGGUCAGGGACGGAACGGGAGGUCAGGGACGGAACGGGAAGUCAGGGACGGAACGGGAGGUCAGGGACGGAACGGGAGGUCAGGGACGGAACGGGAGGUCAGGGACGGAACGGGAAGUCAGGGACGGAACGGGAGGUCAGAGACGGAACGGGAGGUCAGGGACGGAACGGGAGGUCAGAGACGGAACGGGAGGUCAGGGACGGAACGGGAGGUCAGGGACGGAACGGGAGGUCAGAGACGGAACGGGAGGUCAGGGACGGAACGGGAGGUCAGGGACGGAACGGGAGGUCAGAGACGGAACGGGAGGUCAGGGACGGAACGGGAGGUCAGGGACGGAACGGGAGGUCAGGGACGGAACGGGAGGUCAGGGACGGAACGGGAGGUCAGGGACGGAACGGGAGGUCAGAGACGGAACGGGAGGUCAGGGACGGAACGGGAGGUCAGGGACGGAACGGGAGGUCAGGGACGGAACGGGAAGUCAGGGACGGAACGGGAGGUCAGGGACGGAACGGGAGGUCAGGGACGGAACGGGAGGUCAGGGACGGAACGGGAAGUCAGGGACGGAACGGGAGGUCAGAGACGGAACGGGAGGUCAGGGACGGAACGGGAGGUCAGAGACGGAACGGGAGGUCAGGGACGGAACGGGAGGUCAGGGACGGAACGGGAGGUCAGAGACGGAACGGGAGGUCAGGGACGGAACGGGAGGUCAGGGACGGAACGGGAGGUCAGAGACGGAACGGGAGGUCAGGGACGGAACGGGAGGUCAGAGACGGAACGGGAGGUCAGGGACGGAACGGGAGGUCAGGGACGGAACGGGAGGUCAGGGACGGAACGGGAGUCAUCAACAACCUACAACGGGACUCGUCACCGUGAGGUCACGGAGGGUGAGAUAACAGUCUUGACCUCAGAUGACCUCUCGACGUGA